GGUGCGCGAUACACGUGUUUCACUUUGUGGUUUAAAUUCAUUCUAUUAUUUUGGAUUUGUUAUAAUAUUCUACGCUAUCUUCGUCAGCAAUAGCGACUAAAAAUGGCCACAAGUCUCGCAGCACAGCUGCAGCGUUUGGCUGCACCACAAACAUCGCUGCUGUACGACAGCCGCAAGAAGCCCUCGAUUCUGUUCGAUUCCAACCAAGCAGCCUCCAAGGAUCGGGAAGUUAUCUACGACAUCGGUAUCAGCGGACUGCACGAAUUGAUCCAGUUGAACCCGGUCUUUGCCCUGUUUGAAGAUACAUUGUUCGACAAAACGUCUAUCGAUUUGCAGCGGUCUGUUGAAAGCAAGGAACUGAACGAGAAGCUGGAUGCCAACAUCCGGAAGUUUUUCUUUCACCUGUCACCUUACUUCCUACUGCAGCCGGCUCACAAGUGCCUCGAGUGGUUGAUCCGUCGGUUUCACAUCCAUGAGUUUAACCGGGAAAUUUUUGUGAUGUUGAUUCUUCCAUACCAUGAAACGUUGAUCUUCGUUCGUUGUGUACAAAUUUUGAACAUUCCCGGCAAGAACGAUUCUUUGUUUUGGUUGAAUGGGGUCAAGACAAGAGGAAGUGCACUGGCCAAAAAGGCGAUCGUCAAUCAUGCGGUCGGCUAUCCGGGGUUUCUGAAGGCGUAUGGAGAAUUUCUGGUGCAAGCGGUGAAACAAUUGGACAACAAAGCCAACGCCCUACAGGCAAUGAUUGCAUUCUACUGCACUACGACCAUUGGGGUGCUGGAUGCGGUGGGUAAGGUCGAUGAAAACGUCGUAACUGCCAUCUUGAAGACGAUCGUAAGAGGAUUGAGCUCGAAAGCGAUUGACUUUACUGCCGCCAGCUAUAUGAUCAUCGGUCAUCUGGUUACGAAGGCACAACUGGCGGAGAAAACGUUGGAUCGAUUUCUAAGGAAGCUGUGUGCGCUUAUUCAUCCUAGUUUGGCAGAUAAUACGGCCAUGCUGAUGGUGCUAAUUAUGGAUGCGCAGAAAAAUCAAUUGGAUGAAUUCUCCGACGUGUUGGUCGCUUCGAUUAUGGCAGCAAAGUGGCUCCCCCUGGCACUGGCUCGGAUUAAAAAGGAAGGCGUAAAUAUUACGCCACUUUUCCGGGCGAUUUUGGAGAAAUGCUUGAAGAAAAUCUGCAAGCAGGACGUUGAGGUCGGAGCAUACGAGAAGUUUUGUGAAUGUUUGCUACUAGAGAUUACGUUGGAUGAACACGAAUCGGAAACUAUCGUACAGUGCGUGUUGGAUUCUUACUUCCAAAAAAGCGGUAAAUCGGCGUCGUCUGCCAGCAUGGACGAUAAAUCAUCGGAAGUCAUCAGCUUGGACUCGGACGACGAGGAUUUCGAACGUAAAGAUGAGACCGUAACUCGCUGGUAUUCGGGAUUCCUAAGGCACCUUGAGAAUCAAUACCCGAAUGCAUUCGACAACGUCGUAAAUCGUAUAAUUAAAGGGCAAGGGAAUUUCUCCCAGGACAAGCGGAAUGCACUGAGAAAUAUUCUGGGAUUUUUGGCUCAGGCUUCCUACAGCGAAGACGAUACAAAUAUCUUCGAGAAUCUGUUUCACUAUGACGUUGACCGCAGAGCGGAUGCUGUGCGGUACUUGGUGGCAAACUUUCAGGACAUCAAUCUGAAAGGCGAUGGCAAUUGCGAACUGUUGAAAGACAGCGUCAAAGAACGCCUGAAUGACGACAAUUGGGAAGUGGUCGCGGAAGUUCUCAAGUUGGACAACACGGAUUUGAUUAAGCUAAUCGGCAAGGACGAAUUGGUUGAAAAGCUGAUCAAAAUCAGUCUUAAUUGCAUGCGAGAUCUGAAAAAGUGGGAAGCGGUCACACCGAAAGUGAUCGGUCUCCUAACCGAUAAGAAGCUCUACCAGGGAACGAACCUGAACAAAAUCAUCAUCGCCUUGUAUCCGUUCCUGUUUCCAACGGAGGACGACGAAUUAGGUGCCCGCAUCGCCCAGCAGGUUUUGGCGUCCGAAUUUUCCCGGAAGCACAACAUCCUCAUGCUUUCCGUGAACAAAAUGGAAUUCGUGGACUGCGAAUCGAUUCUGGAUACUCUGGAGGCCAUGCUCGGGGAAGGACAAAACUUCCACGCCAUUCAAGUUUGCUUCAACGUUCUGUUGGUGACUUCAUCGCUUCCCCAGGACGCCCCAGUUGGGCUGGCCACCCGUGUGUUCGAUUUUGUCAUGCGACUUCUGAGUGGCCGCUUCAAGUAUGCUCCUUCGUCCAGUUUGAGCUGCUUGAAGCACAAUCGGCUUCCGAUGGACAUUCACGUGAUUGCCACUGGAUAUCUGAUCGAUCGGGUGCGGUUUACGGUGGAACGACCGAACUAUGCGAACCCAUCGAGUUCGUUCGGUUUGCAGUUGAAGAUAUUCAUGUUGUUGGUGGAGAAGUAUUUCGAUAUGAAGGAGGAACAUGGAGCGGUCAAGAAGGUCUACGGGAAUGAGAUUAGCAAGUUGUUGAAGUUACUGUAUCCGCAGCCGGAGCAGAGAGUGGAGUUUUUGGCUAGCUUCUAUACGGCUCAUUUGGUGGAGGGCAAUGGCACAGCAGUGAGUGUUCAACCGGAGGUGCAAGUUCGAACGUUCCGGCUACUGAAUGCCAUGUUGACACAGAUAGUCUUCAACCCGAACCCGGACAUCCUGACGAACAUCCUGCUUGGCCUUACCUCGGAAUCUUCGGUCAUCCGCGAGUGUGCCCUGAAAACGCUCGAAAUCAUCGCAUCCGGUACUCAGAGCUACCUGGAUCCUCCGUACAAAUCCUUCCUGAAGAAGCUACUCAAGCGUCGCGAAGAACUGGCCAUGGACGGCGAGCAGCUGUCGUUGGUAAUGUUCACAAUCUUUUCCUACGACAAGAACCACCUGCUGGGAAACGUGCUCGCGGAUUUACUCAAUAAGAGCACCAGCUCGGACACCGCGGAAUAUGUGGCCGCUGGUUUGUUGGACAUCCUGAAGCUGCUGGACGAUGAGGACAUCUUUGCAAAGGUUGUCGUUCGAGGGGCUAGAAUUCUCAAACAAGCGGAAGAUGCAGGAAACUAUCUGUUUGAUGCGUACGAAUCGAAAUUGUUGAAGCUGUUGGUGGCGAGAAUCAAUCCGAACACAACCAGAAAUUUGACACGGGUCGAUCGGUGUCGGGAGUUUGUUCGAAGUGCGCUAAAGAAUCAUCGCCCAUUACGUUGCUUCGAACAGAAGCACGUUUCGACUUCGAUUCUUCUAAUUGAGGCCAUCAGUGAGGAAUUAUUUGCGACGUUUUCCGAUGAGUAUGCGUCGGAGAUUCUGCGGUUGGUGGUAGAAGCUGCAACGCUGUCGCAGAAUCCGGAAACGAAUACUGCUGCGGGGAAGUUGUUCAAGGGUUUGAAAAUGGAUGUUUCGUUGGUCUUGGAUCUGUUGGAACAGAUGAAGGUGCCGCACAAGAAUCGCAAGGAGAAGGGAAAGGCGAGAGGUCCGUUGAUUCCAACGGAUUCGGUAUUUUCUUCCACUGCGUGGAAGUGUGGCGUGACGUUGAUGGAGUUGCUUCAGAACAAAAAGCAGAUGAUCAGUAAGGAGCUACUGAUUCCUAAGCUUUUCGAGGUGUUGAAGUUCUGUUUGGAUUUUGAAGAACAAUCCGGUGUAGAGUACGUCAAGCAGAUGAUCCUAUCGCUGCUGUUCAACUGUUGUGUUGGUUCGGAGGAAUCUUCCGGGAAGGGUUCAACGAUUCCAGAGAGUAUUUUCAAGGUGGAGUUGAUCGUACAGUGUAUCCGUGCUACUCAGAAUCCGCAAACGCAUCACCAUGCCUUGCUUUUGUUGGCUCACGUGGCCCAUUUGGUACCGGAACAAGUCCUGCACAACAUGAUGGAGAUCUUCACCUUCAUGGGAUCGUCCAUCGUUAGGCACGAUGACGUCUACAGUAUUCAAAUCAUUUCGAAGAUCAUCGAAACAAUCAUACCGACUUUGGCUAUGGAGAAGAAGGCGCCCGGAAAGAAGAAGGAGGAAAAAGUGAUUCCAAUAUUGAAGAUAUUCUCAGAUGUCAUUCUGGAUGUACCGGAACACCGCAGAGUACCAUUGUAUACGAAACUGAUCCAGACCUUGGGAGCAACCGAACAUCUGUGGAUGUUCUUGGGUGUGCUGUUGGAAUCGGAUGUCAUGAAAGGAGGCAAGAAGGCGGAGUUGGAAUCGGAAGAAAAGACCGGCAGGAAGCGGCAUAAAAUUGAAUUGGAACAUUCGGCGACCUUCAGUAAAAGGUUAGAAAUAGCGAUGAGCAUCGCUAGGGAGUUUGAACCGAGCGUGAUUAUGGAAACAUGCAACCAUCUUCUUCAGUACGUUAUGGAGUUGCCGGUGCAUAUCGAGACGAAGAAGGACCACAUGGAGGUUGACAUUACGGAUUCGACCAUCUUCAGCAUCGAAGGUCAUACGAAUAAGCAAUUGAGGCAUUAUCGGUAUUCGACAAGCUUGUUCGUUGGUGAGUUAAUCGGUUCCACCCAGGUCAAGAACAAGAUUGUCUUGCUGGAUGAAAAGGAAUCGGAUGCCAUGAGAGUUCACUACCGGGAGCUGAUCGUCAGCAGCUUGGCUUACAUUAACGUGGUGGCGAAGGUGGUUGAGAAAGCUCGUAGCGAGAAUGAUCAUCGUGAAACGACAUACUGGGAAAUUUCGUUGACCAAGUGCUACGAAAUAUUGGAUGGAAUAGUUGCGCUUCUCGCUCCGGCGAUGUUGAUUACCGUUUUCGGAGGUUUGCUCAAGCACCGUUUGAUCAUCAUUCGCCUGAGGGUGAUUGACAUUUUCAACAAAAAGCUGCACUACAACCCGGACUAUUUCGAUGAAAGCCAUCACCCUCGUUUGCUUGAGCUUCUCGGUCCGUUGCUGGAGUUGGUCAGAGGAAUUCUCACCGAAGAAGGUAUAGUUGGCAGCCAUUCCGGACGGUACAAGGUUGCCCAGGAAGCAUACCUGUCAUUUAAGUAUCUCUCAAAGGUACUAGCUCAGAAGCACCCGGCCGAAUUCAAGCAGAUCCUCAACGGAUUGGUUCAAGAGCUACACGACUACAAGAAGGAUCCGAACUCUUCACUGCUGGCUUCCUUGAUUCUCUGCAUUGGGGAAGUUAGUGUCAACGUCGGAGCGCAUUCGAUUCCAUUCCUACCAAAAUACAUCCCAAUGUUGACCAAAUUCAUCGGUAUGCAAGUACAAAAGGAUGAACCUUUCGAUAUCCUCACCGGUAGCAUCGUCACUUCGAUCUUGAAGAUCGUGGAUUCUCUUGCCCGCUUUCUCAGCCCUUAUCUUAUAUCCAUAAUCGUAGGGAUUGCCAAACUACACGCAAAACUUGGUGAUAGUGAAGAUCUGCGACUAUCUAAUAUAUCCACUCGUCUCUCGCAGAUUUGGGAGAAACUUGGCGCUCUAAUCCCACUACGGCUGCUUAUUCCAGCCGUCGAAGAAAGCUACACCCUGGUUGUCAAGGACGGCUCACUGGACGCAAUCGGCCCUCUCAUGAAGCUCCUGUCCAACUCCUUUAACAGCGUCCAAACCGGCGAGUUCACUUCUCUACAAUCAGAACUAUCGGACUUUUUCCUGUCCGCGCUCCAAUUCCGCUGUGACAAUUCAUCCAGCGCCAAAUUCCUCCCUGAAUCGAUCGACAUCGCCGAAGAACACGUCAUCAAAGCAUUCGUCGUCCUGAUCCUUAAGCUCUCGGAAAGUACCUUCCGCCCGCUCUACUACAAAGUUUUCGAAUGGGCCAACCGGGAUACUUCGACCAACGAUCGUGCCAUCACGUUCUUCAAUCUGUCCAGUCACGUUGCGGAAGCACUGAAGCACCUGUUUGUCCUGUUCGCCAGUGAAUUGAUCACAAACGCUGCUAAACUGCUCGACGCCACCAACGCUUCGAAGGUUUCCGACGAAGAAGACAUGCUCUUCUCGGUGCCGAAGAAAAAUGUCACCCUGAUUCGGUACAUCCUCCGUACCCUGCUAAGCAUCCUAGUUCACGAUAACCAAAACUUCAUAAACUCGGUCCGAUUCGACACGUUGCUGCAGCCGAUCGUCGACCAGCUGGAGAAUACGAUCGUCUUCGAAGACAACGAGAUCCGGGGUUUGGUGGUGAACUGCUUGGCACAGAUGGCGGUUGCCGUGGCGGACGACACCCUGUGGAGACAACUCAACCAUCAAGUGCUCCUCAAGACGCGGAAUAAUGAUCCGGAAAUAAGAUUGUUCGCGCUGGAAGCCUGCACGGAGGUGGUUCGUAAGAUUGGCGAGAACUAUGCUCCGCUGCUGCCGGAAACCAUUCCGUUUUUGGCCGAGCUGCUGGAGGACGAUAAUCAAGCGGUGGAGAAGGCCAUCCACAAAACGGUUCGCGAGGUGGAGAAGGUUACCGGUGAACCGUUGGGCAAGUAUCUGUAAGCCCUCGGUCAACGAUAGUAGGCUUUGCGGAACAGGAAAUGUCAGAGGGGAAAAAGUGUUUUCUAAACA